GCCCGCCGCUCUGCGCUUUGGUAAACAGCGCAUUCAGUGGGACGUCUCGAAACGAGCAGGGUUCGUCCACCUUCCCGGUGCGCUGCGGGUUAAUGCGGGCAUGAAGCUGUAAGCGGAUACGUGGUGUCGGUGAAAAGGAACUAUAGGCCUGCAGACAGGGAGCUGAAUCUGGACCAGAGAUCAUCUUUAGCUUGAGUGUCAUCAUGAGUACUGCCGCAGAAAGGAAAUUCAUUAACCUGAGGAAGCGUCUUGACCAGCUGGGUUACAAACAGCCGCUGGGCAUUGAGUCCCUGCCUUUAGUAGAAAAACUCUUCAGUGAUCUUGUUCACACGACGGAAAGUCUUCGCAAUGUAAAGUUAACUGCUGGCAAGUCUGAAAAAGAGAACAAGAACUUUGAUUCGGUGAUCGAGCCUUACAAGACUGAAAACGCCAGGCUUGUCAAGGAGAACAAUGAGCUGCAUCUAGAACUUCUAAAAACAAAGGAAGAAUCAGAUCGCUUUAUCAAAGACUUGAAAGCUUCCCUGAGAAAACUCGAACACCAGACAGCCGACCUAAAAUUUUUGAAUAACCAAUAUGUCCAUAAAAUCCGAUCAAUAGAAAAGGACAGCAAAGCCAAGUCGGAAAAGAUUCAGCAGCUUCAAGAAAAGAACCUGCAGGCAGUCGUGCAAACGCCAGGUGGCAAGAAAAGAAACAUUCCUUUCAGGCGUCAGCGCAUGCAGAUUGACCAGGCAGUGCCGCCAUCCGGCAUCAAUAGUCACCCCGUGCCUCAGCCAGAUGAUCCUUAUGUAGCAGACCUGCUCCAGGUGGCCGAUGACAGGGUUCGUGAGCUUCAGCAAGAUGUGGCCACACUACAGGAAAAACUAGGGACUUCAGAAAGAAGCGUUAAGAACCUGACCCAGCAGGUCGAAUUGAGGGACAGAGAAAUAGAACGUCUGGCUCUUGCCUUGGAUGGUGGGCGUUCGUAUGAUGUAAUUUCCCUUGAAGCCAGAUACAGGAGUAAUGAGAAGCUUGUAGCUCAUCUAAACCUGCAAAUUGAAUAUCUUCAGCAAACAAACAGAGACCUUGAAAAACACGUGCAGGAUCUCUUAGAAACACGGAAAAAUGUGAAUAACGAAGUAAUAAAUCUCAGCACUAAGAAUGAAGAACUAUGUAAGGAGCUCACGGUGUUAGAUCAAAUGGCCCACCAUAUAGAGAGAGACAAGGAGAUGGUGCUAGAAACAGCAGAUGCGGAAAUUGAAGAAGCAAAGGAUGAAAUAAAAAGCCUACAAAUGGAAGUUAACCAACUCGAGAAUGUAAUAUCAAACUUGAAGUCGGAUUUAAGUACAUGUGAAUUUGAGAAAAAUAAACUCAUUGAUGAAGUGGAGAAAAGAAAGGAAGAAAACCGCAAGCUAGAGUCACUGCUGAACCACGUAGAACAUGAUAAGCAGCGGCUUUCCAAUAAAGUUGAAAAGCAGAUUAUUACAGAACGAGAGCUGGUCAUGGAAGUGGAGAGAAUGAGGACCCAAUAUGGUAUUUUACGCACUGAUCGUUCACCUUCAAGACUGGACUCGUUUGUAAAGGCUUUAGAAGAGGAAAGGGAUUACUAUAGGACAGAGAUGGAGAAACUGGAACGCAGUCUAAGCUUAAAAUCCAGUACGCUUGGUCAUUCUAGAAGGGAAAGCAACAGAUCGCAUUCCUCUCCUGAAAAGGGCAGUGGACAGAGUUCCGAGCUGCGGCGGGUUACUAGGGAGAGAGAUGAGCUUCAGAUCAUGCUCGAUAGGUUUGAGAAGCACAUGGUGGAAAUUCAGUCCAGUGUCAAGGAUCUAACAGUGGAAAGAGAUAAACUCCGUCUACUCUAUGACCAGUCCCAGAAUGAAUUGGCCAUGCUAAGGAGAGAGAUGUCCCUACUUCAUCAGAAAGUCACUUACCGGGAUGAACUGCAUUCUGAAGAGGAGAGAGAUCUUGCCAUGUCUGAUCUGCGGAGAGUCACAGCUGAAAAUGAAGGCUUAAGGGAAAAGCUCAUGGUCCAGCUAGAGACAUCAGCCUCUGAGAAAACGAAAUUAUCUAAAAAAAUCGAUGAACUUGAAAACACAAUCUGUGAGCGCAACACUGAAAGACACGAGUUAAAAUCUACCAUUUCUGAGCUUAAAGAAAGAAUUGUUUCGUUAGAAAAAGAAGCAAGAAUGCAAUCUGCGAAUCUGGCACAGACUCUAGAUGAUUCAUCUCAAUACAAAGUAGAGUUAAGCUCACUAAGGUUGCUGAAUGAACAGCUACAAAAGUCCCUGGAAGAUCUCCAGCAUCGCCUCGCUGUAAAAUCCAAUGAAGUGCAGUUAGCCCAAGAAGAAAUUGUAACUUUAGAACAAAGAAUAGAUGAAUUAAAUCGAAGGAUCUCUUCUAAAGCCGAGGAAACAAACGCACUGAGAAGCACCGUGUCUGCACUGGAUAAAGAAAAGGAUCAUCUGCAGGAAACGGUGGAUGAUAAAACUGAGCGAAUUGCUUGCUUAGAAGAUAACCUCCAUAACAAGGAAAAAAUUAUCACCGAAUUAAGACUUGCUGUUUCUGACCUGGAAUCCACAAUUGACCAUUUGAAGGACACUUUUGGUAAUAAGGAGCGAGAAGUGUCAAGUCUUCGCCGGCAGCUCGAUUCCGCCAAUGCCGAACUUGAUGAAAUCGCAAAACUGAGAGAAGUUACUCAUAAAGAGAACAGAAGGCUGCAGGAUGAUCUGUCAACCAUGACCAGGGAGAACCAGACAGUUAGCAUGGAAUUAGAAAAUGCAAUGCAUGAAAAGGAGGAGUUAAAGCUGAGGAUUCAUGGAUACAUUUCAGAAGUUUCUAGGAUUGAGACCAUAAUGGCUGCCAAGGAACAAGAGAAUCGUGACCUUCUAGAUCAGUUCCGGAUCGUGCACAGCCAAGCUGAGGAAUGGGAAGCCAAAGCCCAAAACGCAGAGGGGGAGAGCAGUUCUAUAAGACUGGAGCUGCUGUCUGUGGAUACAGAUAGAAGACAUCUGCGUGAGAGACUCCAUCAUCUGGAAAAUGAAAUUCAGGAGCACAUGAAUGCUCAUCAGGCAUAUGAAUCUCAGAUAUCAUCUAUGGCAAAGGCCAUGUCAAAGCUAGAAGAACAGCUUCGACAAGAACAAAACGAAAAGGAAUCAUUGUUAUCUGAUUUAGCAUCUGUCCGCGAGCUCUGUGUGAAGUUGGACUCUAACAAAGAGCAUUUCUCUAGACAGCUGACAGCCAGAAACAUGGAGAAUGAAAGGGUCCUGAAUGAGGUGGAGGACAUGAAGUCUGAAGUUGAGCUUCUGAAAAAACAGCUUUCUAGUGAACGCCUCACGAUAAAGAACCUGGAAACCCUGCUGGCCACUAAUCGGGAGAAGGAGUUUCAGAGUCACUUAGCGGCCCAUGAGAAAGAAUCGGAAAUCCAGCUGCUAAAAGACAGGCUUACUCUUUCAGAAAGUAAACUGAACAGUCAGUCUCGAGAAGCAGCCAUGCUUCGAAGUAAACUUACCCAGCUACAGUCUGAUUAUGAUAUUGCCAAAAGACAGCUUACCACCGAGCGAUUUGAAAGAGAACGUGCGGUUCAAGAGUUGCGUCGGCAUGGCCUCUCUACAUCAUCGGUGCGUACGUCAUCACCACUUACUUCAACAAUGAAAUCCCCGGCGCUGUCACCAGAACGCUCCAUUUUACGGUCUGUCGAGCGAGGAGCCGACAAGUCAAACGAAAAGAGCGUGAGCUUCAAGGAGUGACAAUCAUCUUGACCUUAUGAAGAGAAAAGAAGUUCUAGAAGCAAAUUAAUGACUUUACUAAGGAGUACCUGAAAAUCUACCUCUGUCAGCUUUUUUAAAAUAAAUAUCUGGGUCUGUUUUCAAAACCCAACAAUUCUAUUUCCUGUCCCUGAAUAAUUUAUUAACUGAAUAUAAACAUAUUUCUGUUAAAUAACCGUUUUGAAAAUUGCCCCCUAGUACACCCUCAUUGCACGAGUAUUGCGUAAUAACAUCGCCCUCACACUGCUGGGCUUUAUGGGCUGGAAAACAGCGACCGCUUAUGCUUGGAGACUGCGUGUUUUGUAUGCUUUGGAUGGAGAGCUCUACUGCUGUUGAACUGCAUUUCUCUUAGGCAGGCUGAGGAUUAUAGGAAUUGUAGUCAAAUGCUAGAUAUUUUACCUUUGUGGCCUCUACAGGAAGCCUUUGCUGGCAAGAAAGCCAUCUGGAAGCAGGUAUCUUCUUGAUCUGUUAUCUGGUACUACUUUGUGGUACAAACGCUUGUUAUACUAAUAAAAUAUUGAUAAUUUAUUGAAAGCACUGUAACAAUAUUUUUAUUUAAAUCGUCUUUAUUGUAAUACUUGUUUGUAUACUAUAGUCCUUUUUAUAAAUAAAAAAAAUCUGCAUAUUGCCAGCAAACAUGCAUUUGUUCCACCUUUGUGCCCACAAUAUAUUGGCACGUGUACCUUGAUAAAAUGACUCCGGGCACCAAUCACAAAAUAUUGGUAUGCGCAGUUUAAUGGUUAGAUGGGUACACAACCUGUAUCAUUUUACAAAGGUCAAUAAGGAAAAACUGUUACGUCGAUCAUCCUAACGUGGGGGUUCAUGCAAUUAGAGCAUGUCUUUUUGUGAUGGUCUGUUCGGUUAUAGAUCACAUUGAAGCGCGGUGCUUUAACCGUGGGGUAUCCCUCUCUAGGACUGAAAUGGUUUCAUUAAUAUUUGGAAUGGUCUGGGCUCAGUAAUAUUUAUACUUGAAUUAUGUAUAUAUUGGCUUGUUUUAACAUAUUGGAUGUUAAGCUUUUGGCUCACUAUUAUCUCCUUCAUUUCAAACAAAUUCCUGCAUUAAACCUAGAAAUAAACAAGCCGAAUCUGUCUUGGCAAAAUGCUAACUACACCACUGACAGUGUUUUAUACAUGUUUAUUUUUAUAUACGUUUCUAUUUAUUGCAUCCAGAAUAAAUAAUUUUGUUUGA